CGGCCAGUGCACGAGUCCAGCAGUGAGCGCGCAACAGGUCACAAUUUCUUACGGCAAGGAGUUUUGUCCUUUAUAGAGUCUGUUUUCAUUCGUUCUUCAGGGGGUUAAGGAUUUCGAAGAGGCAUCUUAUAGAGAACAACUGUGUCCUGUAUUCGUUAUGAGGAGUUUCUGAGUUGUGGUUUCAUGUCUGGUCGGUCCAGCACUUCUGUCGGGCGAUGGCAAAGACAUCUUACGCGCUUUUACUCCUCGACAUCAUCUUCACCGUCAACUUGGCUAUAGCGAUAGAGCUCAGGUUUGUACCUGAUCCUCCAACCUUGAACAUCACUGAGAAGACUAUCAAAAUCAAUGCUUCAGACACACUGGAAAUCACAUGCAGGGGUCGUCAAAUUCUGGAGUGGUCCACUCCUCACAACCGGACCAGCUCUGAAACCCGGCUCACUAUAUCCGACUGUAGUGGCGAUGGACUCUUCUGCAGCACUCUGACACUUUCCAAAGCUGUAGCCAAUGAGACGGGCGAAUACUGCUGCUACUAUAAUAGCCUGCCAAAAGAGGAUGGGAAGACUUCUGUAGCUGUAUAUGUCUUCAUACAAGAUUACCGUACACCAUUUGUCCGAAUUGCUCAAGAUUAUGAUGUGGUGUUCAUUCGAGAGGGAGAACAGGUGGUCAUUCCCUGUCUGGUGUCUGUGGAAGACCUGAACGUUACACUUUACACAAAGUAUCCAGUAAAAGAACUGCCCACUGAUGGGAAAGAGGUGAUCUGGGAUAGCAGGAGGGGCUUCAUCCUGCCCAGUCGUGUGGUCAGCUAUGCUGGAGUCGUCUACUGCCAAACCAGUAUUCGAAACGAGACCUUUCAGUCUUCACCUUACAUUGUGGCUGUUGUUGGAUACAAGAUCCAUGACCUCACCCUGAGUCCGCCGCAUGAGAGGCUGACGGUCGGAGAGAGGCUCAUGCUCAACUGCACCGCGCACACAGAGCUCAAUGUGGGAAUCGACUUUCAGUGGACCUUCCCUCAUGAGAAGAGAAGUGUCAACGGCUCAAUGUCGACCUCACGCUACAAGACCAGGUCCUACAAGAAAAAACUGUGGAACUCAUUGGAGCUGUCCAAUACCCUCACUGUGGAGAAUGUGACUUUAAAUGACACUGGAGAGUAUAUCUGUACCGCUUCUAGUGGUCAGAUGCAGAAGAUUGCCCAAGCAUCCCUCAUUGUCUAUGAAAAGCCAUUUAUAGCACUCAGUGAUCAAUUGUGGCAGACUGUGGAAGCAAAGGCUGGCGAUGCAGAGGCAAAAAUGCUUGUUAAAUAUUACGCUUAUCCAGAGCCCACUGUAAAAUGGUAUAAGAAUGAUCAGCUGAUCGUCUUGAGGGAUGAGUACAGGAUGAAGUUCUACAGAGGAGUCCAUCUCACUAUAUAUGGUGUAACAGAGAAAGAUGCUGGGAAUUACACUGUUGUCAUGACAAAUAAGAUUACCAAAGAAGAGCAGAGAAGAACAUUUCAGCUCGUGGUUAAUGUUCUACCCAAGAUCUUUGAGAAGGAUGUCCCAUUGGAUCGUGAUGUCCACAUGUACGGCAGUAGCCCUACACUGACCUGCACCGCUAGUGGAGGAUCCAGCCCUGUCACAAUCAAAUGGCAGUGGAUGGCCAGAGAAGACUGUCCGGUCAGAUUCCUACCAAAAUCAGAUCCAAGCAUGGCAAAGUGUGACAAGUGGAGGGAGAUGUCAAACAACACAGGGAAGAAUCCCCUCAUCAGCCAGACGUCCGUUGAUGAACGCACUCUCAAGACCAUCAGCACUCUGAAGAUCCAGAAAGCAGUGGAUCAUGCCCUAUACAGGUGCAUCGCUACCAAUAAGAUGGGUCAAGAUCAGCGAGUCAUUGUGUUUCAAGUAACUCGUUUCCUCAACCUAAGCGUCCUCCCCUCCAGCAGCCCUAUUGAAGGACAGGAUGUUAUAAUGCGCUGUGUUGCCGACCGGCUACUAUACUUUAACUUGCGCUGGUAUAGGGUAGCAAACGUAGCCAACCAUGAUCCACCUCCAGCAGCUGUGCCGUGUGAUACUCUCACGCUGUCACAUUUGCACCAGCCUAACGUCACCGUUUCAGGCCUGCAGGGGACCAAUGUCACACUGGACAUGCCCAUACCCAAUGCCACACUGAUGGACCAAGGCUUGUACGCUUGCCAGGUAGAGAUUGUGGGCACCAAUGAGAAAACCUGCUUACUUCACAAUCUCAGACUCAGAGCUCUUGAGAUGUCCAGAAUUGUGACUAAUCUGACAGACCAGAGAGUAAACGUGAGCGACUCCACCACUCUAGUGUGUGAAGUGUCCGGCACACCGACCCCUACAAUAGUCUGGACUAAAGACAACCAGACUGUUAUAGAGGGUUCAGGUGUUAUUCUGAAACGCUCAAAUCGUGUCUUGACCAUUCAGAGGGUGAAAAAAGAAGACAGUGGUCUGUACAUUUGUACAGCAUGUAACCAGCAGGGCUGUGAAUCCAGUGAGGCUCGUAUCUAUGUGGACGGUGCAGAAGAAAAGAUGAAUGUUGAGCUGAUCAUGCCUAUCGGUGCCGUGGUCAUUGCCAUGUUCCUCUGGCUCCUCAUCGUCUUCGUCAUCCGCAACAGGAAGCGGCCUAAUGAUGGAGAUCUGAAAACUGGCUACCUGUCAAUUAUUCUGGACUCAGAUGAUAUGCCAAUGGAUGAGCACUGCGAGAGACUGACCUAUGAUGCGAGCAAGUGGGAAUUCCCACGAGAUAGACUGAAGCUGGGAGAGCCGCUGGGCAGAGGGGCAUUCGGUCAAGUUGUGGAGGCGACUGCAUAUGGCAUCGAGAAGGCCACCACCUGCACCACAGUAGCAGUGAAGAUGCUCAAGGAGGGCGCUACCUCCAGUGAGUACCGCGCUCUGAUGUCUGAGCUGAAGAUCCUCAUCCACAUCGGUCACCAUCUCAAUGUGGUCAACCUUCUAGGAGCCUGCACCAAACAAGGAGGACCCUUGAUGGUGAUUGUAGAGUACUGUAAACAUGGUAACCUCUCCAGCUAUUUGAAAAGCAAGAGAGGAGAGUACAGUCCCUACAAGAAACGGACACCACGAAUGCCAAACAGGAGGGAGGUCCAGCAGGAUGAGGAUCCACAUGAGGGGGAUCUGGGUCUGGGAACUAGCACUCGACUGGAUAUCUGCACCGGGACAGCAGUCUGCACCAGGACAGGGGAACAGACCUCCACAACUCCACAGUAUGAGCAGGAGAGUUCAGAUUGGGAUCAUCUCACAAUGGAGGAUCUCAUCAGCUACAGCUUCCAGGUGGCCAAAGGCAUGGAGUUUCUUGCCUCUCGAAAGUGUAUCCAUCGUGACUUGGCAGCCAGAAAUAUCCUACUCUCUGAGAACAGUGUGGUGAAGAUCUGUGACUUUGGGCUUGCCAGAGAUGUGUAUAAAGAUCCUGAUUACGUUCGUAAAGGAGAUGCUCGUCUUCCUCUCAAAUGGAUGGCUCCUGAGACCAUCUUUGAUCGUGUGUACACAACACAGAGCGACGUCUGGUCAUUCGGCGUGCUGCUUUGGGAGAUCUUCUCACUUGGUGCAUCUCCAUAUCCAGGCGUGUGCAUUGAUGAGUCUUUCUGCAGACGACUGAAAGAGGGAACCAGAAUGAGAGCUCCAGAUUACGCCACGCCUGAAAUAUACCAGACCAUGCUGGACUGCUGGCUUGAUCGACCUUUAGACAGGCCAACUUUUACUCAGUUAGUUGAGCAUCUGGGUAAUCUGCUACAAGUUAGCGCUCAACAGGAUGGAAAAGACUACAUCCCGCUGACAAACGGAGAGAUGGAGGAGGAAUUGGUGGCUCCUCAUCUAAAUGUGACGUCUAAAAGAUCUUUCUACGCCGGCAACACAGAGGCACAGCUCCACUAUGAUAACGCUCCACCUCUCAGGUUUCCUCAGCAGAUGAACAGCAGUGGUGUGCCAGUGAAUAUGACAGGUUUUGUGGACAUUCCCCUGGAGCAUACCGCUGUAAUGGAUGGCCACGUGGACUGUGGGGUGGGUUUAUCACGUGAACAGAUGAAAGCUUUGGAUCGUCAAGCACAAAGGCCACUCAAUUUCAGCCCAUUACUGCGCUGCAAGAGUAAGGAGUCUUUAGCUUCUGAAUCGUCCAAUCAGACCAGCGGCUAUCAGUCUGGCUACCAUUCUGAUGAUGCAGAAGCCCCGAUAUACGCCAACGAGGAGAUGAUCCUAAAGAGAGACAUUCGUAAGAAACCACCACUGCCUAAGAGAAACGACAAGUUCAGUGCAGAGGUCCGUUAUAGUGCACCUCCAGUUUAACAUCUACAGAGCUUCAAACCAUUUGUUUGGUAUUAACAACUGUAAUGUAUUAGUUCAGCCAACUAUGACAAUUCAGACAUCAUUUACUUAUCCUUGUGUUUUAAAACAAUGCACAGCUGCACACUUUUGCUUUGAGUUUUUUUUUUCAACUAUAGCGAUAAUAAUUCCCCAACAAACUUGAAUGGAUAGCUAACAAAACACCAUCAUUUACUAGUGGUUCUGUAAAAACUAUUCUUCAAUUUGAAUGACAUGUGUUAAACAAAUUGGCUGAGUGAAUGAUUCAAUGACGCACUCAGGUCCUGUUUGCACUUGGUUUUAGGAUGCAUUUUUUUUAGUUUGAUUACAAAUAGACAAUGCUAAAUGCAGGAGUAAAUGGGGUCUGAAAGGAUUUAAAGGAACUAAAAAGGAAAUAGGUAUUAUCUAAACUAUUUGUAAGUGAGAUGCUAAUGGUCUAAUCUGAUUUAAUGGAGUCAAAAAAGUGUUCCCACCCACAGGGAGCUGUUAGCAAUUUGGACCCUAUGAAAAAUAAUUGAAGUUGUACCCCCUGCUAGUAAUGUUUGUCCUAAUAAAGAAGAUCUUUGGGGGCCCACAAAGUUCGUGGGCCCUUAGAUUCAUCCUAACUUACCACUGCUUAACCAGACCCAGGGAUGGGCUGAACGGAUUUAAAAAAUGGUAAACUCAAUCUGUUAACUAUAGGGGACUUAUAAAAUUAGCCUUUUUCCAAAAAAGGCUUGUCCACUUUCAAAACACAUCUUGAUUAAAUUGCUUUGGUUGUGUAAAUGCUCAUGUGGUUGAAUGUGCCACAAAAAUACCAGUCCUCUGAACUAAUACUUAAACAUUGUGGGAUGUGCUGUUGAAGUGCACCAGACAGACAAGAUUUGAACUUUGCUGUCUGAAAUCAUGGGUCUCUUCUUGUUAUUAUGCAGUACCAAAAUACUUCACUUGUUUUAUUACUGGAUGAAUCAUCAUUUUUGAAUGAAUCAUUUGAACAAAUGUUUCAGUGACUAUUGCGUUUCAAAAUUAUUGGUUUGACGUGGUUUUAAUAUUCUUGUUUUAUAAAUCAGUUUUAUUGAUAUAUAGCUACAUUACUGUCAUUUAAUAAUGACAUUGCAUUAGUGUUUUAAUUAAGAUUGCAAUCUUCAACCAAUUAAACAUGCAGCUCUGGAACAGUGUUUGACUUUACUCUUUCUGAUUUUCUUCUGUGCAUCAUAAAUGAAUUAUUUAUUUAAACUUAAAAUGUGUAAAUUGUGUUUUAUUCAGUGAAACUGGAUGGUGAUCAUGACAAUAAAAUAUUUUUGUUAAUGACUUCAAAUUAGAUUGGCUCUACCAACACAAUCUCACGUCAAUUCGUAACUUUUUGAUUUAGUGGCUUACCCGUACGAAUUCGUACGUUCUAAUUCGUACAAUUUAGUACGAUUUGCUCAUCCGCCAAUGACGGUUGGGUUUAGGGGUGGGGUUAGGUGCCACGCCUCCUUUUUUAAAUCGUACAAUUUCAUACGACUGAACUGGGACCUCACCAUAAGCCCCCACAGCGACAUUAGCAAUUUGUAUUAACAUUCGCAACAGAUUUGCCAAAAUGUAACAUACUAAGGUCUGCCAUAAUUUUUUUUCAAAACAAAAUGAAAGACACACCACGUGCACCUCCUUUAGCCUGCCACCUCGAAUAAAUCAGGAAAGUGGUUAUAUUUGUACAAUCCAAUUUUCAUUUAAAAGCAUGAAGGCCCUAAACAUUAGUCACAUGGGCGUGAACGGAUUGUAUGAAAAUUGACCACUUAAAAAUAAAACCAAGCCAGGCACAUUCUGAUUGUGUACCCCUAUAUUCAUUUCUGGAGAGGGCCAAAUACGUCCCAGGAGCUACUUGUUUUUUUUUUUUUUUUUUGCAGUUUUUAUAUUCGUGAAUCCCCCAGACGCUGCUGUGUAUGCUUUUUCAGAUCUCAAAUUUCUCUUGCGAGUGCCAUUCGCGCCUGCUGUUCUCGUGUAAAUCCACCAGAGGCCGCUAUUGACUGACUGACUGACCAACCGCCCGAUACCUUUCCCCUUUCCUAAACCCAACCAAUAGUGUUUUCAAUAGCACCGAUUGACCCGCCCACCACAAUUCCCUAAACCCAACCGACAGUGUUUUGAAAAACAAUCCAGAAAAAGAAAAUCCCCAUUAUUUUUACUACAUUUUCAGAUUUUACCACAUUCUAACCUUGUUAUUUACUUGUUUAUUUUAUUUUUUGGCUUCUGUUUUUGUCUUGCCCACUUUCUGAAACCGUUCUUCACCGGACUCGAACCUCAUCAUCGCGGUUAACUUCGCUCUGAAUCUCAAGUCCGCCAACGUAUGUGUCAAACUACCAGUGUUCUGUCGAUUUGUCCUACCUUGUCAGAUUGUCCUACCUCCCAUUCAAAAAGUAGGUAGCACAUUUUAAUGACGCAAUAUGCUACCCAUCAGACUUUGCUACCACUGUAAAUUUUUAUGUGGAGUAGUGUGAUAUGAAGCUGUAGUAUCGCCCUAAUCUACCUAAUCACUAACCUCAACCUCAGAACCAUUUAAAUACAGUGUUGCUAGCAUAAUCUGAUGGGUAGGAUAAAAUGUCAGGACAAUGGACAAACUGGUAACAGCGGAAAAGCCGUCCACACGGAGGUAACCUGUCAGCUGGUAAGCAAAAAAAAAAAAAAGAACGACAUCCUACCACCUCAGAGCAUUUGUUUUAAAGACGAAAUGCAGCCAUACGUAGCUCUGGCUAAAUAAUUUAGGUUUUCGCUACAUUUUCAGAAUGAGCCUGUGUUUAAUAAAACUGCCAUGGCAAUUUUUAUCCAUUUAUUUUUUUGCUAGCAAGAUAUGCGUUUAACGUUGUUAAUUUUAAAGCUUGUAAGCCCUUGGUCACCAUCCACUAUCACUGUAUAGUAGAUUGCAACUUUACGUUUAACAGAACAAUCAUACGGUCAGGUUUUGAACAACAUAAAGGUGCAUAAAUGACGACUAAUUGUUAACCUUCUUUUAAUGCUCAUAACAGAUCAUCUCAGCUGACAGAACAACCAAAAUGCAACCUUUUAAUUUUCAUCAAAUGUUACCUUCUUCUCACUAUUACUCAUACUGACUUUGGGCAUAACUACAUGAUCCAAAAACAACAAAACUCUUUAAAUGACCCUCGAGCUUAAUUCGAGGUGCACUGUUAUCAUUUCUUUCGUAAUUGUAUGCGUAAAGGAACCACUGAUUCAUUCCAGCUGUUAACUGUUUCUCCAAUCACACUCACUUCUUUAAAAAUCAAUGUAAUAUAUUGUGUCGGAGCGGACUGUUUUGGAGCAGAUAAGACGCAUGUUUUAGUUUUAUUCUUCUAAAUGUCAGAGCGAGAAAGCCUUCGCAAUACAAUCAUGUUUACUCAGACCUCCGAGCGAGAGUGGUCUCUAAGUGCGUCUACGCCAUUUCCUGCGCACAGACCCGCCCACUUCCUGCCGCACAGGAAAUAGCAACUGGAAUGUCUGACAAUCAAGUGUGUGAAUAUUUUUCUUUCUUUCUUUGCUCUUCAUCUUUUACAUUGUCUUGCGUUUGACUUGUUCUCUCCAUGCAACACACAGUCUGAUGUUUCUCAGCUUUGUUUUUCAGUUGGCCUCUUGAUUGUACAGUUUAUAAUGAGGGCCUUCUUUGUCUUUUAAGAAGAAAUAUCAGUAUUUUUUUGCAAUUAUGAUUAUUAUUUUUUUUUUUUAGUUGCACAUCUAUUGAUGUAAUUAGUUUUUUAAUAAACACUCUUGUCAGUUAAAA